AUGGAGGAACUCGUCGCAAUGCAGCAGAUUGCGUUGCAGACAGUGGUGAAAGCCCUGUCUAAUUUCAAGAAGAUCGGGAAGCCGAAUUACACGCCGGCGAAAAUACGAUCUCGCAUCACCGCCUUGAAGGAAGCCUGGACGCAGUGCACGAAUAGACAUGCCGCUCUACUGCAAGCAGUUCCUGCCGACGAACGAUCGAAGUCCACGUAUUUCACGCAGGACGAUUACGGGAAGCACGAGGAGCUCUACCUAAUGGCGCUGGACUACAUGAACGAGUGUCUGGAGGAGCUGGAGCCUCCCGUGUCCACCUCACCAUUGGCAAGCUCGUCGCAUCAUUUCUGCGCGCCCGCACCGGUAUCGUUGCAACAUUUACCGCCUAUUAAUAUUCCUCCAUUUUCCGGGAAAGCAGAGGACUGGGAAAGUUUUCGAGAUAGAUUCACAUCCCUUAUUAUUCUCAAUAAGGACUUAACCGCAUUCCCUCGGAUGCAUUUUCUAGCAUCCAGCUUGUCAGGUCGUGCUCUCGAUACUAUCAAAACUAUCCCAGUCACUGCAGAUAAUUUCGAUAUUGCGUGGAAAACUUUAACUUCGCGUUACGAUAAUAAGCGCCGUCUAAUCGAAAUUCACGCGUCCGCUUUAUGUAAUUUGCCGAGCGUCAAUUGCGAAUCGGCAUGCGAGUUAUCCGAGUUGCGGGAUAAAGCUAAUCGUGCCAUAGCAUCGCUAAAGAGAUUAAAUCGCUCCUCGGAUGAAAUUUUAAGUGACAUUCUAAGUCACCACGUCACGCAGAAGCUCGAUCCAGCAACCCGGAAGGCGUGGAGAUUGAAAGGUGAUGAUGCGAUAAUUCCUACGUACGAGGAUCUCGAUCGUUUUCUCGCGCAUCGCGUUCGCGCCUUGGAGGAGCUCACUCCUCUCGGCUCAGCCAAGUCCUCGCGAUCGGUAAAAUCGUCGAGCGCCAUGGUAGCGACGGCUUCGAUCUCGCCGUGUCCACUCUGCAAAUCGGCCCACUUCUUGAAUAAGUGCCCUCAAUUCGUGCAGAAGAGUCCGAGCCAGAGAUUGGAGAUCGCGAAACAGCAUCAACGAUGCGUUAAUUGCUUCAGUGCUAAGCACGCCGUCUCAGCGUGUCCAAGCCGUUUUUCAUGUCGUCACUGUCAAAAACGACAUCAUUCCAUGCUCCAUCUUGACUCGGCCUCUUCCGCUACUGCGACAGUUAGUGCAUCCGAUUCCGAGACCCCGGCGUCGAACAAUUCCGAUAAGUUUCCGAAAACAGGGGCAUUAUGCGCGAUGUCGGCAAAUCUCGCCCGACCGCCGGUAGUCCUCGCCACUGCACGCGUGUUCGUCGGACCUCUCGCCGGUCAUCAAGUCGCUGCACGAGCAUUGAUUGACACCGGAGCGGAACUCACACUCGUUGCGGCUCAUUUAGCAACAAAAUUAAAACUGCGUCGGUUCAUACUGCCUACCGCCUUGUCCGCCGUCGGCGGCCUUGACGCGGGCAUUCAUCGUUACGCCGCGCACAUUAAAAUCUCACCGAUCGACGGGAUCGAGCCGCCGGUCGUUACAACAGCGACGAUUUUAAGUUCGCUUGCUAGUUACUCGUCAGCGUCUAUUCAAUCUCCUCUUCAAUGGGAUCAUCUCGCGGAUCUCACUCUCGCAGAUCCAAAUUCUUCAAGUACAGAUCCCAUUGAUCUCAUAAUCGGCGCUGACAUCUACGCAGACAUAAUGCGAGAUGGCGUUCGCAGAGGAUCUCGCGGUCAGCCUAUUGCUCAAGAAACGAUCUUCGGCUGGAUUGUUCAAGGCCGCACGCCUCUGUCGAAUUCGUCUCGUCGGACCAUUACAGUGCAACAUUGUACGAUCGCGGAAUCCGUUUCACUCGAUAGCGAAUUGAGAAGAUUUUGGGAAAUCGAGGAAAUUCCGAGGCACACGAUACUCAGCCCGGAAGAGCAGAGAUGCGAGAAUUAUUUUUUAACUUCUCAUUCGCGCACUCCCGCCGGUCAGUACAUCGUUCGUCUGCCGUUCAAGAGUGGUCCUCCCAUCGAUAUUGGUACCUCGCGCGAUGCCUCAAGACUUUGCUACGCCGUCUUCAAGCCAAUUUCGAUUUAA